UCUGCUAUAUCAAUGCAAUCAAUUCAAGCCAUUCAAGUAUGACAGACUGUAAUGAGACGAAUACUCUGUAUCCCUGUGCUGACGGAAGGAGUUAUCAUGGGCGUGGUCCAUUACAAUUAACCUGGCGAGUUUUCUUGCUUUUACAGUCCAUUUGAUUAUUUGCCACUAUUAACAUAAAAUCAAAUCAGUUAUGAAAGUAGUGAUGUAUGCAUUCUGGAAAGCCAGAAAUUCUAAUCUUAAAAACAUCCAACCGGAAGAAAAACUACUCAACUUGAUCCAAAAUUCUCAAAUUUAAAGGGGAACCAGCGUUGUCUAAGGUGGCUGACCUUGAUCUCACUCUUUGAAGGGACUUUCUUCCCCCGACACCCAUUGACCCCGUGGUGGUGCGUGAAGCGGUCUCCCCUACUGCUCCAUGCAAGGACUUCCAUGGUUGCUGGGGAAUGUGUUUCUCCCUUGCAAGACGACAAUGUUUUUAUGGGUGUGUUGUCCUGUGCCUUUAAAAACUGUUGGUAUGGAGGAUUUUCUUGGGAGUUCCUCUCCCAGUGUUGGCUGUGUGACUACUGCUCCUGCUGAGUUGUCUUUGUGCUUGGAGACUGUUGCUCUUGUGCAGGACGAUGUGGUUGGGAUGGAACUUGUUAUCCCUGAAUCUGCUGUUCCUGAGCAGGCUGAGAUGGAAGGGAUGGAAAUUGCUAUCCCAGAUUCGCUUUUCAGCAAAACGCAGCGUGUUUUUGUAACUCGCUUGUUAGGAAGUUCUGCGGAAAUCAUCCCAACCGAAAGAUGGAUGAGAUGGAAGUGGAACCUAAGAGGAACUACAACUAUGGACCUGCAGGGACUUACCUCAAUUUGGACUUACUAAACCAACCAGACCUUGUAUCCACCAACUCAACAAUCUCCUUUGAGGCUUCCCUCUGGUAUUGGAUGAUCAAUACUGACUGUCACAAUGCUAUUGUUUUCGGACAGGGCUUCAUAGAAACUGUAAAAGGUCUAGAUAGUACGGCAUGUGAUCGACCCGGGGAUAUUUCUCACAGGGUUGAUUCCUACAUAUCAUACUGUCAUCAACUUGGAGUAGACCCUGGACCAGAUCUAGCAUGUGACACAACAUCAAUAUCCUCCGGAGGAAGAAGGAAACCCAAGGAACUAAUACCCAUAUUGUUAGAAAGUACAGGAGGAGCAGCUCUCCUAUGUAUAGUCUUUUUAUUUUACUGGAGGUUUUGCAUCAGACAGCAACGAAGAGAUAAACCAGAUACAGCUAUAGGUGUUGAGGAAAAAGAACCUGCAAUUAUUAAUUUCAAUUACUGUUACGAAGUUCUUCAUGAAGCAACUAAAGGCUUCUGUCCUGCAAACAAACUUGGGGAAGGAGGUUCUGGUGAAGUAUAUAAGGGGAUACUUGCAGAUGGAAAAGAGAUUGCUGUUAAGAAGCUCUUUGUAACGCGAUCAUCACAAGCUAUGGAAGAGUUCCUUACAGAAGUGAAGAUUGUAAGCGGAUUUCUUCACAGGAAUCUCAUCCGCUUGCUUGGAUGUUGCAAUAAGGGAGAGGAACGAUUUCUAGUUUAUGAAUUUAUGCCAAACAGGAGCCUUGACAAGCAUUUGUUUGGGGAGGAGGGAAUUUUUCUCAAAUGGAAAGAACGUUUCGAAAUAAUUACAGGCACAGCUUGCGGUCUUGUAUAUUUACAUGAACAUUCUCACGCUCCCAUUGUACACAGAGACAUCAAAACUUUCAAUAUCCUUCUGGAUGAAAACCUGCAACCGAAAAUAGCAGAUUUUGGACUAGCAAAAAUUUUCCCAGAAGAUAAAACACAUCUUACAACCAGAGUGGGCGGAACCAUUGGAUAUACUGCUCCUGAAUAUGCUGUGCAUGGGCAAUUGACACAAAAAGCAGAUGUUUAUAGCUAUGGAGUAGUUGUUCUAGAGGUUGUAAGUGGCAAGAAGUGCAACAAUACUGGACUUCCGCACCCCAUGGAGAUUCUUUUGCAGUGGGCUUGGAAUUCGUAUGAAAGAAAUGAGAGCUUGAGCAUUGCUGAUCCAAAACUGAAGUUGGAGACUCUGCCUGAAAACGAACAAAGGCAAAUAUUAAGAGUCAUAUACAUUGCUCUUCUUUGCACUCAAGCCUCUCCUACCAAGAGACCGUCUAUGUCUGAUGUUUUGUCAAUGUUAACAUAUGAUUUCGAAAUUUCAGCUGUGCCCACUCCACCAAUUUUAUUGGAUUUCCAAACAGACUUGACUUCUAUGCCUUCCACAUUAAUUUCUGGAACUUCAUCUUCAACUUCAGGAGCUUCUUCCUCAACCAUGAAUGGAUCUAUUAGUUUCUCUCUCUUUCCACGUUGAUUAUAAUUGAGCUUCCUAUUGAUUGGGUUAAAUUGGAAUUUCAAUAAUAUCAUACUCUCAAAAAAUUUAUAUUCCUUUUUUUUAAUAAA